GCUGCAGAACUAAGGCAUCCAAGGAAACUGAGGGGAACAUCUUGUAGAGUGGCAGUUAGGUAACACAGAGGGAGAGAGACGACAAGUCCUCAAGACAAAGGAAGAAGAAAAGAAGGCAACAAAGAAGUAAAUAAAGGACAUACGAAAUAUGAGGACCACCUUCGUCCUUCUCCUCGUUCUGAUCCUCCAGCUGUGUGCACAUGCUGAGAGUCCGGAGGAGGAUUCUCGUCCUAGUGGACCUGUAGGCAAACCCAAAGAAUCAAAACCUACAGGAAAGCCAGGCCCUGAUCCACAGCCCUCCAAACUAGUCCCUGAUCAACAGCCCUCCAAACCAGAUCCUGAUCCACAGCCCUCCAAACCAGGCCCUGAUCCACAGCCCUCCAAACCAGGCCCUGAUCCACAGCCCUCCAAACCAGGCCCUGAUCCACAGCCCUCCAAACCAGGCCCUGAUCCACAGCCCUCCAAACCAGGCCCUGAUCCACAGCCCUCCAAACCAGGCCGACCUACACAGCCCUCCAAACCAGGCCCUGAUCCACAGCCCUCCAAACCAGACCCUGAUCCACAGCCCUCCAAACCAGGCCCUGAUCCACAGCCCUCCAAACCAGGCCCUGAUCCACAGCCCUCCAAACCAGGCCCUGAUCCACAGCCCUCCAAACCAGGCCCUGAUCCACAGCCCUCCAAACCAGACCCUGAUCAACAGCCCUCCAAACCAGGCCGUCCUCCACAGCCCUCCAAACCAGGCCCUGAUCCACAGCCCACCAAACCAGGCCCUGAUCAACAGCCCCCCAAACCAGGCCCAGAUCUACAGCCCAGGAAACCCCCCUCUGAGCGUUUGUCUCAGGAGUGUCUGAAAGAAAAGUACACACGCCUGUCCUGUUCUAAAGUGUUCUGCCCGCCGUGGAGGCGCUGCAUCAACGGGAAGUGCGUCUGUAAGCUGCCCUAUCAGUGUCCACGCCUGGGCAGAUCUGUCUGUGGACUGAAUGGACAGUCCUACAUCUCCUACUGUCAGGCACAAGCCAUUGCCUGCAGGACCAACACAGCGGUGUUCUCUCACUACGGCUCCUGUGACCAAGAUGCCUUUAAGGCGGAGCUAAAGAAAUCCGGUGAUCGAGAUGUCGUUCAGGUGGAAACCAUAAAAGGAAGAGCUCUGAUCUGUGGAGCUAAGUCGUGGGACAUGGCUGCAGCUAAUGUUCUCUGUCGCAGCCUGAAAGCAGAAGCCAGAGGUGCAGCUUCUGCUCAGAAGAUGAUGUUUAAGGAUCUGGAGUUUGGCCAUCGAUGGCCUUAUAAGUGUGUGAGUGUGAGCUGCACAGGAUCUGAGUACUCCCUGGCUGAAUGUACCAUCAAUGAGCCUCAGGAUGUGGAGGAGGACACUCAGAUUGCUGCCUUUACCUGCUACAAGUCACCCCAAGAUGAUGACGAGUGUCCGGAGUUCCGCUGUGUGAAUGAGAAGUGUAUUUUGUGGAAGCACACCUGUGAUGGAGUCGAUGACUGUGGAGAUAACAGCGAUGAGAUGUGCUGCAGUGAGUGCCAGAGCGGGGCGUUCCACUGUAAGUCUGGAGUGUGUAUUCCGGGCCACGCUGUUCGGGAUGGGAUCAGAGACUGUCUCGGAGGAGAAGAUGAAGUCACCACCGCUGCAGUGAGACCUGCUGAAACUGUGAAAGUCUUGUGGAAUCCAAAGGACGAUAUUCGGCAGGGUCGUAGCCACACGGAGAGUCAGUUGGAAUGUGGCAUUCCGAAUUUUGAUUAUGUCUACAGGACGGAGGCAGAAAAACGGCCGUUGCGCGUCAAACGAGUGGUGGGAGGACAGGAGGCCUUACCGACUCAGAUCCAGUGGCAGGUGGCGAUACAGGAGGAGAAGAAGAUCCACUGUGGGGGGGUCUACCUGGGGGGCUGCUGGGUUUUGACCGCUGCCCACUGUGUCAGGCCGAAGCCUCAGCUGUUCCGGGUUAAGUUCUCUCUGUGGCAGAAGACUAAUCCGUUGGAGACGACAGACAACGUUCCAGUGAAGAACAUCAUCAUCCAUAAUGCUUACAACCCGCGCACCUACCAGAACGACAUCGCGCUGGUGCAGCUGGAGGAGUUGGGGCUGUCGAAAGAGUGUUUACACCCCAACCCUGCCGUUCGGUCCGUGUGUUUGCCGUGGUCCACUCUGCAGUUCCAGGAUGGAGACACCUGCACCAUCUCUGGCUGGGGCAGAAACAGAGAGGGAGGCUCUACCAACGCUCUGAAAUGGGCCAACGUGAGUAUAAUGGCAAACUGCGAGAAAUACUACAAGGAGAGGUACUUCGAAGGAAUGGAGUGUGCAGGUGAUCUGGAGGGUAAUGUGGACUCAUGUCAGGGCGACUCCGGGGGUCCGCUGGUGUGCAAGGAUGCCAGCGGGCUGUCGUACGUGUGGGGCAUCGUGAGCUGGGGGGAGAAGUGUGGGGAGGCUGGUCACCCCGGCGUUUACACUAAAGUGGCCCACUAUUUUGAAUGGAUCCGCUUCCACACCGGCUGGCCUUCGGUCACCAAGUACAACCACUGAGGAAGAAUGAGGCGUCUCCAGAGCCCACCACACCCACCUUACUCUUCAUCCACAGAUCUUCACAGUAAACAGGCAGAGGUGUCGCUUUAGUAGGUUAUGAGGCUGUUGACGUCUGUGGAUGCUUGUUUUGGGAAUGCUGUUUAUUGAUUUUGUACAAGGAAAUUUCUUUGUUUCCAUUAAAUUGAUCACAGACCAACUAAA